CUCCAGUAAGCCCGAAAAUACGCAGCUCCAGCAAGCACAUCCCCACGAGGCCACCGCUGCAAAUCCCUCACGCACAAACACAAGAAAGAAUCGGGGAGCCACUUCCGGAAUCAGAGGUGAAAAUCAAAAUCAGGAGAGCUUUUGGGUUGCUCACAUGGCUUACGGAAUUUGUGGAUGGUGAACCAAAUGCUGAAAACAUUUCGUAGCCGUCAUUUCUGCACUGCUGCCUCACGGCCAUGGCUCUUUGUGGGCUUGGGCAACCCGGGUGAUAAAUACAAAGGAACCAGACACAAUGUAUAACACGUUACUAGCAGGUGGGAUUUGAGAUGAUUGAUGCAUUUGUUGAAUCACAAGGGAUUCCAAUGAACACAAUUAACUGCAAAGCGAUUUUUGGACAAGGUUUUGUCGGUGAUGCUCCCCUUCUUCUUGCAAAGCCCCAAACUUACAUGAAUUUGAGUGGUGAAUCUACUGGACCUCUUGCAGCUUAUUAUAAGCUACCUCUUAAUCGUGUGAUUGUGUUUCAUGAUGACAUGAACUUGCCAUGUGGAGUACUUCGUCUUCAGCACAAUGGGGGUCACGGAAGCCACAAUGGGCUUAAAAGUGUUAUAUAUCAUUUCCGAGGCAAUAGAGAGUUUGCUCGACUGAGAAUCGGUAUUGGAAGGCCUCCUGGUCAAAUGGAUCCAAAAGCAUUCUUGCUGCAAAAGUUCAACACAAUAGCUCGAGAGCGAAUUGAUACUGCUUUGCAGGAAGGAGUUGAUGUAUUAAAGUUCCUUUUAUCUAAGGGCUUGACAGAGAGUGCAAGACGGUUCAACACAGAACAGAAGUACAAGCAUAUAAGAUUGCAGACGUUGCCAGCAUGACAAGCUUUAGGUGUAUAUUUAUUACUCAUAAACUUAAGUUUAUCCUGUGCUUCUAGGUACAAUUUUUAGAAACAUAAGGGACCCUUUACAGAUUGAAAUUAAUGUUCAAUGUUAGGAAAGUAUUCUUGGCAUUCUUGGUUAAGAAGAUUAUUUUUUGACCAUGUAAAAUUCUCAAACCUGAACAGUAAAAAAUCUGACAUUGAUGGUGCCAAGGUUCA